AUGAAAACAUAAGCGGAAGACUUUUUUUCUAAUUUAAUCAAACUCCUGAUUAGAAAGAGUUUUCUUUAGGGAAUUUAUAUAUAUAGAUUAAAUCAAUUGGGGCCAGACAAUUUUGAAAUAACUACUUAGCACAUUAUAAAUAUUUUAAGAAAAAUGUAAGUAUAUUAUAACGACUAGAUUUAUUUAUAAUAUUUGACUUAGAAAAUCAUUGAAAAAUCUUAAACUGAACCUAAAUAUAGAAAAAUAUACACAAAACUAUGCUUGCUUUUAAUGAAGGAACCUGAACUCACUGUAGAAAAAUAAAAAUAUGGCUAUGUUAAAAAUUAAUUUUUAAAUUAAGUUCAAUAAAUAUAUGAUGAUAGAAAGAAUAAGAAAGAAAAUCUUUCUCAUAUAAAACCUGAAGAAAGGGAAUAAUACCAUAUAUCUAGAAAAUAAAAGAUUAUGGGAUGUAAUUAAAUUUAUAAAAUUGCCUAGAUAUCCAUUUUAUUGGAGAAUUAUUUUUAUCCAAAAUAAUUCCAAUUUAGCUGUUGAUUACAUUAUUGGAGAAUUAAUUCUGAUUAUUUGGUUUAAUUUUAUCCAAAUUGAGAUAUUAAUAGAAUUAUUAUAUCAAAGUAAUUUUAUGAAAAAUUUUUUUAGUUGGUGCAUAAUACAAUGUAUAAUUGAAAAACGAUCUCUAAUAAUUCUUUGAUGGAACAAACAAGAACCUUGAGGAUGCAAAUUGUUUCUUAAGAAAGAAACUUGACAAAAAUUCUUCUAUUCCUAUUAUUAUGGAAAUGUAUCAACCUUGCUAAAUUUAUAAGAUUUAAUUUACUAAUAAAAAAGUAUUAACUUUUCAUAAAGAAUUUAAAUAUUGAUAGAAAAUUUUUAAGAGAGGAAAAAUCAAGGUUGGAUGAAUCAUUAUAGCAAAUAAAAGAAAGAUUAAGCUUAGAGUUUCAAAAAAAUUCACCAAGAAAAAUAAGAGGUAUUAUGAAACAAAAUUAGAAUAGGAGGAAAGUAAAAAACAAAAAGAAUAAAAAAAGAAGUAUUAACUUUUGUAAGAGGUUUGUGUUGA